AUGGCUCGAUCAGUCGGCUCCGGGUUCGCAUUUCUCGUCAGCACCUCGCUCCUCCUGACAUUUUCAUGGCUGCAGCAAGCACAGGCAGCCACCUACACCAUUUCUUGGGAUCUCAUCAGGACGAGAGGGGUGCAGCCUCCGGAUUUGUGUUCAAGUGGACGGACUUGGCAUGGCAUGAUCUGUGGGUCAUGGACGAUGAGAAAGCGUUCAAGAGUUGUGACUUCACUCGGGCAAAGCUCCUCCGACCCCUUGUUGUUGGCGGGCAGUACAC